ACACGAGCUCGAGCUGAUGUUAGCAAAGUCGCACUAGUUCUUCGUUCGACGCACGCAUUUUACGUAUCUUCACUGCAAUUUCGUCGCUUUUAGACACACACACACACACAUAUAUAUAUAGUUUAUAUUUUACUUCUGGGUUUAGUAAAAUGGCAGGCAAGAAGAAAGAAACUACUUUGCAGGUUUCCGCCACUAACCAAGAGCAAUGGGAGGAGAUUCUUGCAACAAAGGGAUUAACGGUAGUAGACGUGUACCAGCGUUGGUGUGGUCCCUGUCGAGCUGUGAUCAGCCUCCUACGAAAAAUCAACAAUGAACUCGGGGAUGACCUGUUACAUUUCGCCACAGCUGAGGCUGACAGCAUUGAUGCUCUGGAGAAGUAUCGAGGGAAAUGUGAGCCCACCUUCCUGUUCUACGGGGGUGGCGAGCUGGUGGCUGCGGUGCAGGGGGCCAACGCGCCUCUCCUUAAGAAGAUGAUAGUAGACCAACUGGCCGAGGAGAAGUUAGUGCUGGAGCAUGACGGAGAACGGAAAGUGGUUGUAGAUCACAAACUUGUGGAUGAUGAGAAGAUCGAAGGGGAGGAGGACCACCAUCAUUCAGAAGAUGGAGAAAGCAUAAUAGUUCCUGCCAGUAAGUCCUACACCGUGGCCGUCAUCAAACCGGAUGCUGUUGCUCACGGCAAGGCUAAUGAGAUCAUUAUGAAGAUUCAAGACGCAGGAUUUGAGAUCCUGGCCCGAGAUGAGCGGACGUUGACCGAGGCCCAAGCGCGAGAAUUUUACCAGUACAAAGGCACAGAGGAUUGUUUUGAGGAUCUGGUGCAGUUUAUGUCCAGCGGGCCCUCACACAUUCUGGUGCUCUCAAAGCUCGAGGACUCGUCCAAUGUGGUGAAAGCCUGGCUCCACUUCAUUGGCCCAGCAAACAUCGACGAAGCCAAGCGACAGAAGCCAGAGAGCUUGCGCGCGCAAUAUGGCACGCGGACGCUGUUCAACGCUGUGCACGGCAGUGAGGACGCCGAUCAGGCCGGCAGGGAGCUUGCCUUCUUCUUCCCCGACUUCAGCACAGCGCCGGGAACGGCGCAGGAUGCAGAGGAAGAGCGUGUGGAGAGGACGCUGGCUCUCAUCCGGCCUCUUGUUGCCAGGGAAAACAGAGAGGAGAUUCUGACCCAUAUAAACAAGUCAGGCUUCCAAUUGUCCCUCCAAAGAGAGGUGAUGCUAACAGAAGAACAAGCUCGAGAGUUUUAUAACCAUCGCGUUGAGGAGGACUACUUCCCUGCACUGCUGCAAAGCAUGACCAGAGGGCCGGUGCUCGCUUUGGCUCUCACCAGAGAAGAUGCUGUACAACACUGGAAAAACAUGCUGGGUCCUUCUGAUCUUAGAAGAGCCAAAGAAGAGGAUCCUGAAUGUCUCAGGGCCCGUUUUUCCAUGGAAGGAGAUCCGGUCAACCAGCUGCAUGGAAGUCAGUCUACUGAGGAGGCCUCCAGGGAAAUCAGCUUCUUCUUCCCCGUGCAGCAAACACUGGCUGUCAUUAAACCCGACGCUGUGGACCAUCACAAAGACAAGAUUUUGCAGGAGAUCCGUGACAGAGGGUUCUCCGUCAGGCGACUGGAGGAGAAGCUUCUUUCCAGGGAGAUGGCUAAAGGAUUUUACAAGGAGCACAGGAAGCAGCCUUUUUUCAGCCAGCUGGUGGAGUUCAUGUGUAGUGGACCAAGUGUGAUGAUGAUCCUGGAAAAGGAAAAUGCAGUGGAGGAGUGGAGGGCCGCCAUGGGUCCCACAGAUCCCGACCGGGCAAAGGCGGAGUUCCCCGACUCUUUGAGGGCCCGCUUGGCCCCCGAUGUCCUCCGCAACUCCGUGCAUGGCUCCUCAAGCCAGAAGCGCGCCCAGGAGGAGAUCCAGUUCAUCUUUGGUGAACAAACCGGGAUCACUGACACUUCAGCUAAAAACACAAAUGAAGCCACACUGGAUAAACAAAAGCAACAAUAUGAAGGUGACACACAUGAAUCAAAUCUUCACGGUCCACCCAAAUAAGUGAAAGAAGGUCCAGAGUUGAUCAUCAUUGGAACACAACCUAAAUAUGGCUCUUGAUCAUGUUUCCCCGUAUAGAAGCAAACGUGGACAACGAAUU